AUAAGGCUUCGCAAACACACCGAGGGACACACAGGAUGUGCGCUGAGACACACACACACACACACACACACACGGGGAGUAUAAAAGGGGCAUCCUUCCCACUCACCAGAGAAGUGCUCUGCUUACUCUCACACACUCUGACACUCAACCUCGUUCCUCAAGAUGGCUGCUGGGCUGUGUGUGUGUGUCGUGCUGCUGGUCCUGUGUACGAGCUGUUUGGGGCUCCCCUUCUCCCCCCAGCCUCUAGACGAGGGCCACCGCUCCGUCGCCUCUGAAGCUCUCCUCGAGGGUGCCACCCACACCUUGGGGGGGCCCCACGUCCAACACAGCCGCUCUGCCCCCCAGCUCAAAGCUCUCCCCGUGGGCGAGGAGGAGGACGCAGACCCCCGAGCCAACCUCAGCGAGCUGCUGGCAAGACUCAUCUCGUCCAGGAAAGGCUCUGUGCGUAGAAACUCCACAGCGAGCAGCAGAAGCAGCGGACUGAGCGCCAACCACCGGAUAGCGGACAGGGACUACUUGGGCUGGAUGGACUUCGGGCGCCGCAGCGCGGAGGAAUACGAGUACUCCUCGUAGAAAAACGAGUCCCGGCUCGGGGGGGACCUCGGCGUAAAUAAGGAUGAAGGGAAAAAAAAUAAUAAUAAAUAAAGAAACCCACGCAACGCUGGCUCCCCCCGCUGUCUCAUAAUAAAGAGUCGAUUCAUGAUGUAUUUGUUGUACAUUUGUUUGUAAAACUGUAACGAUGCAAUAUACAUAAUGCCAAAUUUCGCAGAAAAGCUCUCACUGUCCAAAGGUGUGUUUCGGUUUCUGGUUUCCUCUGGUUUCUUCGUUGUUGGAAAAGGGAAUUGGUUUGGUGUGUGAAGACGGGACUGAAUAAAGAUUGGAAACAUC